AUGUUGAAAUAUUGGGAUAAUUUUUACGAUGAAGUAUUUUGCUUGCGACGCAAUUGUGAGUUUUCAUUGAAUAAAGUCAGCCUAACUAGAUCAAAAUUCAGCAUUUGAAUAUUUGUGGUCUUUCAUAUUUCGAUUAUUAAUGGAACCGAAAGCUUGUGAAAUUGUAACUUUUAUUGGGGAUGGUUUACGAUUCAAAAUUCUUGAUUUCAAAACUUUGGCACUAUUGUAUUAUCAUCCAAAUGACACAUUCAUUUUCACUGAUAAGGUUUUAUUAACAAUUUAGUUGUAAGGAAACAAAACACAUUUUUCCUUUAGGAAAUCACAUUGUUAUUUCGUUCCGCUUUGACAAAGAGCCAAGCUAUUCGAAAUUGUUGGGCAGAUUGUAUGUUUUUAUGUAUAUUUUUUUAAUCAAAAAUAAUUAGCGUUUCAGCUAAUGAUAUAUAUGAUUUCACACGUUUGCGAGAGAAGGAAUUGCAAUUUUAUUCUGGAUUUGAUUUAGGAGAACUACUGGAUUAUGCAUAUUGUGUUCGACCUUUGCCUGAUGAUAAUUUCAAUCAUUGA